UUGUACUUGAAAAAAAAAAACACUCUGGCAGCCUAAAAUCCGCCCCCUCGACCCUGCCACCUUCGACAAAAGAAAAAGGAGACCCUGGCCCCUUAAACCCUAAACCUCUCCACUCUCUUCUCUUCUCUACUACUGUUUCUUCUCUAGCGUGGUCAAUGUCCUCGUUAGCAAGCAGAGCCAAUCCUCUCCUCAGUUCUCUUCCUCAUUUCCUCACAUGGCGCGCGCUCGGCUUCCGUACCAUCUGCAGUGGCCGCCUCGGCUUCGCAUCCUCCGACCCGGACCCACCAGUAGCUGGAACCAAAGUCCUCGAGACUUUCAAAGAAGAGUUCGAGAUAGGAUCACGCCUUAUUACACUUGAAACUGGAAAAAUCGCUCGAUUUGCUAACGGCUCUGUCGUUUUAGGCAUGGAAGAAACUAAAGUUCUAUCCACAGUCACUUCUGCUAAAGGCGACUCUGUUCGAGACUUUUUACCUCUCACUGUUGAUUACCAAGAGAAACAAUUUGCCCAAGGUGUAAUUCCUAAUACAUUCAUGCGAAGGGAAGGUGCUCCAAAAGAACGUGAGCUUUUAUGUGGUCGUAUCAUUGACCGACCUAUUCGACCACUCUUCCCAGCUGGAUUUUACCAUGAAGUGCAGGUAAUGGCAAGUGUUCUUUGUUCAGAAGGGAAACAAGAUCCAGAUGUAAUGGCAGCUAAUGCAACGUCUGCUGCUCUUAUGUUGUCAGAUAUUCCCUGGGGUGGACCCAUUGGAGUGGUACGCAUGGGAAGGAUUUGUGGACAGUUUAUUGUUAAUCCCACCAUGGAUGAGCUCAACUUGAGCGAUCUGAAUUUGGUAUAUGCCUGUACAAAGGACAAAACAUUAAUGAUAGAUGUGCAAGCCAGGGAGAUAACAGAGAAAGAUCUGGAAGCAGGAUUAAGACUGGCACAUCCAGAGGCUGUUAAGUUUCUUGAACCUCAAAUCAGACUUGCUGCAAGAGCUGGUAAGAAUAAGAAGGAUUAUAAACUGUCUAUGGUCUCUGAGAAAACAUUAGAAAAAGUUAGAAACUUGGCAGAAACACAAAUUGAAGCUGUUUUUACCGAUUCCUCAUAUGGCAAGUUUGAACGUGGAGAGGCUUUAGAUAACAUUACACAAGAUGUAAGAAGAAAACUUGAAGAAGAAUGUGAUGAAGAAAGCUUAAAUGUCCUUCCAAAGGUGAUAGACACAGUGAGGAAACAGGUUGUUCGCAGGAGGAUUAUUUCAGAAGGAUUUAGAGUUGAUGGGAGACAUCUUGAUGAAGUCAGGCCUUUGCAUUGUGAGGCCGGUAAUUUACCUAUAUUGCAUGGAUCAUCACUUUUUUCUCGUGGAGAUACUCAGGUUCUCUGUACCGUGACACUUGGAGCACCUGGAGAUGCUCAACGCUUGGAAUCCUUGGUUGGACCACCAACAAAGCGCUUCAUGCUGCACUAUAGUUUUCCACCAUUUUCAAUUAAUGAAGUUGGCAAACGAGUUGGUUUGAACAGGCGUGAAGUCGGGCAUGGAACCCUUGCGGAGAAGGCUCUGCUUGCUGUUUUGCCUCCUGAAGAUGAUUUUCCAUAUACUGUUCGUGUCAAUUCUGAAGUCAUGGCAUCUGAUGGUUCAACAUCAAUGGCAACUGUUUGUGGAGGUAGUAUUGCUUUGAUGGAUGCUGGCAUUCCAUUACAAGAACAUGUAGCUGGUGUUUCUGUGGGUCUUGUUAGCGAAGUUGAUCCAUCAACUGGUGCAAUCAAGGACUACCGAAUAGUGACUGAUAUUUUGGGCCUUGAAGAUCAUUUGGGGGACAUGGAUUUCAAAAUAGCUGGAACACGUAAUGGAAUUACUGCGAUUCAGUUAGAUAUAAAACCUGCUGGAAUUCCUUUAGAUAUCAUUUGUGAGAGUUUAGAGCAUGCACGUAAAGGCCGCCUUCAAAUCCUUGAUCACAUGGAACAAGAGAUCAGUGCACCACGUACUGAAGAUGACAGGAACCGUCCUCGAAUAGCUACAAUGAAGUUCAGCAAUGAUGUUCUUCGUCAGCUAAUUGGUCCUCUUGGUGCUGUUAAGAGAAAAGUUGAAGAGGAAACAGGAGCUCGAUUGUCCAUUAGUGAUGGUACACUUACUAUUGUUGCCAAGAAUCAGAGUGUAAUGGAGAAGGCUCAAGACAAGAUUGAUUUCAUAAUUGGCCGUGAAAUUGAAAUUGGUGGAGUUUAUAAGGGUAUUGUAACUUCAAUAAAAGAAUAUGGUGCCUUUGUUGAGUUCAAUGGUGGCCAGCAAGGUUUGCUACAUAUUUCUGAGUUGUCACAUGAACCGGUCUCUAAGGUUUCAGAUGUAGUAUGUGUGGGUCAGCAGCUCUCUUUGACGUGCAUAGGGCAGGAUGUUCGUGGUAACAUUAAAUUGUCCCUUAAAGCAACUUUACCUAACCCGGGGCAAUCCGAGGCAAAAAAUGUGGUUGAAGGAUCUGUUCCUGCCAUGAGCAAGACGCCUAAGGUUUGGGCCUCAGUUGAGAGUGUGUCUAAUGAACUAGAUGAACUCAAACCUGUGGCUGAGUUGCUGGUGAAUAGAGGUGUGGUCAAUUCUCCGUCAUCAUCACCAGCAUUUCUAAUACGUAGCGUUGCAGAGUGUGAUGAACAGGAAAAAUCUACCGGUCUGAAUGAGGCUUCCAAAAUAACAUCUAAAACCUCCCGCACUUCAAAAAGUAAUAGGAAGUCAAAAACAAAUCCACCCAAAAAUGAUGACUCUCAUUCAUCAUUUUCUAGUUCUGAUAUCUUUUCACAUACUGAGGAUAGUUCGAAUAAUGAUGAGGAUGAAGGUAAGACUCCCGUGACUGCGAGAAAUUUGAAACUUGGGACAAAGGUUACUGCCAAAGUCUACCAAAUUCGUACACAUGGGCUGGUACUUGAUUUGGGUGGUGGAGUUCGUGCUAUGUAUCGGUUUGAGGCAAAUGGCAAGAGGGACUUUGAGUUGGGUGAUGAGCUACGAGUGAAGUGUACAAGCUUUUCCAGCAAGGGGGUCCCAGUAAUGUCCUUGGUGGACGCAUACUAAUCAUCGGAUUAUGUAGUUUAAUGGCCAAAUAAACACUGACGGUAGAAGUUAAAGUUGAAGAAAUUCGUGUAGCAGCAGCGGAUGGAUAUCGAAAAUUGAUAGACGCUCUGCAUGUUCACAUGUAGCUGGACGAGCCUUGUUAACUAACCUGAUAAUUGAUAUGGCCUUGGUUUGAACAAGCCUUCGUCAUCUGGCUAAAAGUUGCUGAUGGUGGUGCUUAUUUCAAGAUUGUUGUUGUUAUAUUUGGAGCAUUUCUGUUAAAAAAAAACUGCGGCGUUUUGAUCUGUUGCUCUGACCUGAAAAUUUUGGUAGCUAGAGUUAGCGAGACACAUGGCUUUAAAUUCAUUUUUUAAAGUUCCUAUAUUGGAAGGGGAGAAUUUUACUUGGUUUAUGAGCCGCCUUUUAUCUUGUACAAAUUCGAGUAUCGGUCGAUGAGCCUGCCUAUAUAAUUUAUUUAUUUAUUACUUAAA